GGCUGGAGGAGCUGUAAUUCAGCGGUUUCCGGAGAGCCGCGGCAGCCUGGGCCGGUCGGAGGGGGGCUUGGGGUUCAGACGUCGAGGCGAACGAGAGCCCGAACCCGGUCCCUGACGCGCACCAGCGCUCGGCGCUCUCGCUUCCCGUCAGCGAGGAGAGGUCGGGCGGCCCGAGGGAGUCCCGCGGCCCGCACCCCGGCGCAAGUGCAGCCCCGGCCUGUCGGGCCUCCGCGGGAGAGACAGUUGGGACCCCGAUUCCAGCAGGAUGGCACAAUGGAAUCAGCUCCAGCAGCUGGACACGCGGUACCUGGAGCAGCUUCACCAGCUCUACAGUGAUAGCUUCCCCAUGGAGCUGCGCCAGUUCCUGGCCCCUUGGAUCGAGAGCCAAGACUGGGCAUAUGCAGCCAGCAAAGAAUCACAUGCCACUUUGGUGUUUCACAAUCUCUUGGGUGAGAUCGACCAGCAGUACAGCCGCUUCCUCCAGGAGUCCAAUGUCCUCUAUCAGCACAACCUGCGCAGGAUCAAGCAGUUUCUGCAGAGCAGGUAUCUGGAGAAGCCCAUGGAGAUUGCCCGGAUUGUGGCUCGGUGCCUGUGGGAAGAGUCCCGCCUCCUUCAGACGGCAGCCACUGCGGCCCAGCAAGGGGGCCAGGCCAACCACCCCACAGCUGCCGUGGUGACAGAGAAGCAGCAGAUGCUGGAGCAGCACCUCCAGGAUGUUCGGAAGCGAGUCCAGGAUCUAGAACAGAAAAUGAAAGUGGUAGAGAACCUCCAAGAUGACUUCGAUUUCAACUACAAAACCCUCAAGAGUCAAGGAGACAUGCAGGAUCUAAACGGGAACAACCAGUCGGUGACCAGGCAGAAGAUGCAGCAGCUGGAGCAGAUGCUCACAGCACUGGACCAGAUGCGGCGAAGCAUCGUAAGCGAGCUCGCAGGGCUUCUGUCCGCAAUGGAGUAUGUGCAGAAGACGCUCACGGACGAGGAACUGGCUGACUGGAAGCGGAGACAGCAGAUCGCAUGCAUUGGAGGGCCCCCCAACAUCUGCCUUGACCGCCUGGAGAAUUGGAUAACCUCACUAGCAGAAUCUCAGCUUCAGACCCGCCAGCAAAUUAAGAAACUGGAGGAGUUGCAGCAGAAGGUCUCCUACAAGGGGGAUCCCAUCGUCCAGCAUCGGCCCAUGCUGGAGGAGAGGAUCGUGGAGUUGUUUCGAAACUUAAUGAAAAGUGCCUUCGUGGUAGAGCGGCAGCCUUGCAUGCCCAUGCACCCCGACCGGCCAUUAGUCAUCAAGACGGGGGUCCAGUUUACUACUAAAGUCAGAUUGCUGGUUAAAUUCCCUGAGUUAAAUUAUCAGCUUAAAAUUAAAGUGUGUAUUGACAAAGACUCCGGGGACGUGGCCGCUCUCCGAGGGUCCCGGAAAUUUAACAUUCUGGGCACAAACACCAAAGUGAUGAACAUGGAAGAAUCCAACAACGGCAGCCUCUCCGCAGAGUUCAAACACUUGACCCUGAGAGAACAGAGGUGUGGGAACGGGGGUCGAGCCAACUGUGACGCCUCUCUGAUUGUCACCGAGGAGCUACAUCUGAUCACCUUCGAGACUGAGGUGUAUCACCAGGGUCUCAAGAUUGACCUCGAGACCCACUCCCUGCCCGUUGUGGUGAUCUCCAACAUCUGUCAGAUGCCAAAUGCCUGGGCAUCCAUCCUGUGGUACAAUAUGCUGACCAACAACCCCAAGAACGUGAACUUCUUCACCAAGCCUCCCAUUGGGACGUGGGAUCAGGUGGCUGAGGUGCUGAGCUGGCAGUUCUCCUCCACCACCAAGCGAGGGCUGAGCAUCGAGCAGCUGACCACACUGGCGGAGAAGCUCUUAGGGCCUGGUGUGAACUACUCAGGGUGUCAGAUCACGUGGGCCAAGUUUUGUAAAGAAAACAUGGCUGGCAAGGGCUUCUCCUUCUGGGUCUGGCUAGACAACAUCAUUGACCUUGUGAAAAAAUACAUCUUGGCUCUUUGGAACGAAGGGUACAUCAUGGGCUUCAUCAGUAAGGAGCGAGAGCGCGCCAUCCUGAGCACCAAGCCCCCGGGCACCUUCCUGCUCAGGUUCAGUGAAAGCAGCAAAGAAGGAGGAGUCACGUUCACCUGGGUGGAGAAGGACAUCAGUGGUAAGACGCAGAUCCAGUCGGUGGAGCCCUACACCAAGCAGCAACUGAACAACAUGUCCUUCGCCGAGAUCAUUAUGGGCUAUAAGAUCAUGGAUGCCACCAACAUCCUCGUGUCCCCGCUGGUCUACCUCUACCCUGACAUUCCCAAGGAAGAAGCGUUCGGGAAGUAUUGUCGCCCAGAGAGCCAGGAGCACCCCGAGGCCGACCCAGGUAGUGCUGCCCCCUACCUGAAGACCAAGUUUAUCUGCGUGACACCAACGACCUGCAGUAAUACCAUUGACCUGCCGAUGUCCCCCCGCACUUUAGAUUCAUUGAUGCAGUUUGGAAGUAAUGGGGAAGGUGCUGAACCCUCAGCAGGAGGGCAGUUCGAGUCCCUCACCUUUGACAUGGAACUGACCUCGGAGUGCGCGACCUCUCCCAUGUGAGGAGCAAGGCUGGAUGCUACAGAGAGCAAUGGAGACACCCCGUAUCCCACCCACCCCUUGCCAGCCAGACCCCAGAUCGUCGGUGACUCCUUACUAGGGGGGUGGGGGGGUGGGUCCAGAUUUUUUUUUUUAAAUCUCCUACUUCUGCUAUCUUUGAACCAUCUGGGCACUUUGUUAAUAGAGAAACGAGUGAAUGUGGGUGAUAGGCUUUUUCUGUAAAUGCAACCAAGAAUGUGGACUCCGGAAUAGAUCACAGGAGGUGGAACGAGGCGAGAGGGAGGAAAAGGAACUGUCUCCCGCCCCCACCCCCUCCUCUCAGCCACUUUCCUUGUUUGAGACAAGUGCCUCAGGGCCAGGGUGCCCCUCCGCCCAGAUCUGUAGGCUGAAGCCCCAGGUCCAACAAGAAGUCCUCCUGGCAUUGCACUUUCAACCCAGCUUGUGUCCAGCUAGGAGACACAACUUUCAAAGUCCCUAGAUGUCUCUGUAAAUUCACAAACAAGAGGGGUGGGGAGGCAAAAACAAACAAAAAACAAAAACAAAAAAACACCAAGUUUGGCCAAACCUUUUAUGUAUUUGCAGUGACUCAGCCAGCAGUCUCUGAUGCUUGAGACUUGAAGCUUCUUUCAGGCUAAUAAUUUAUAUGAACUCCCAGAUGGGUUCAGAUCUAUCCUCUAAAGUCCCCCCGCCCAGGGAUGGGGGUGGGGGUGCCUGUGGUGUCCACUGAGGAGGGGUGAGGGAGAGACUGCACAUUGCUGGGCUCAUUUUCACAAGCAAAGUUAUUUUCCCCUUGAAUGUUGUUGGCUCAUUAGCUGGGCAGCGGGGGCCCCUGCACCUGGCCUCCUUUCUCCCUCACCCCGCGCUUCUGUUUCUGUGGGUGCCUUAUACGGGAUGGGGUGCUCCUUCCUUCCUUCCUUCCUCCCCAACCCUGCUGCCUCUGCGCUCCACCCCCUCUGGCAUGUCUCCCUCUGUCCCGCUGGCCUUAGGAAUCCUGAGGCCAGAUUCCUGGGAUCAAAGAGGAAGCAUUGGGGAGGGGGGAGACAGAGUGCAGACUGGGGGCGCCCAGCCGAGUCGAAGCUCAGGGAAUAAGGUUCUUCACCCAGUUUCCAGGCGGUUUCCCAUGGCACCCCCCGACGUGGCCGGCUGCAGAGUGGAGGUUCGCCCAAGGGAGGGGAUGCGCACCCCGCCUGGCCACCCCAUACGGGGGCCAAGAUGAGGCAGAGGCUCCCACUGGCCUCUCACUUCAGAACAGAGCAGCGGGCCCUGGGCCCCUGCAGAGGUGAGGCAAGGGGACUCGGGGGUCCCAAGCAGCCUGCUGGGGGCACUGGAGUCCCUCAGAAAGCCAGUCCUCACUCCCGCAUUAGCCAGUGUCCGAAUCGGGGCCUCACCUCUUCAAGAUAGGAUGGUUGGUUCCCGGCACCCCGGGAAUGUGGAGGGGCCAUCACUCCCUACUCCCCAGCCCAUCUCCCAGGGGCAUGGGCUCUGGGCUUCUGUGGGGAGCUCUGUGGACUUCCAGUCUUGGAACCGAGGAAAGUUCCAGGCUUCUGGGCAGCAGGUGGAUCUGGUGUGAACGCCGGCGGAAGCAAAAGUUCUGAGAGCAGCUGAGACUCAUGUGGGCCCCCCUCCAUUGCUUUAAAUGACAGCCCUCCAGGACCCCCAGCCCAGCUGAGAUUCCAUGGAGCCCACAACCUGUCCGCACGAUGGUUUGAACGCCGCUGGCCUGGCCACCGCAUUCAAAUUCCAAUGUAUACUUCAUAGUGUAAAAAUUUAUAUUAUUGCAAGGUUUUGUUUUGUAUAUUGCUGUAUGUACUUUAAUUUUCAGAAAUAAAAGUUCUCUAGUGACCCUC